AUGGAUUUAUCUUUUAUACCAAAAGAACUUCGGGGAAAAGACAUCUAUAAAAUUCUUGGGUUACAUAUAAACGAUUGUAAUAACGAGAAUGCAAAAAAUAUUAUAAGAAAGAAAUAUUUAAAGGCAGCAUUAAUUUUACAUCCUGAUAAAAAAGAAGUACAUCAUGAACAGAAAGAAGAAAAAAAAGUAUAUGCUGAAAAUUUUGCUACUUUAAAAAGUGCAUAUGAAUUUUUAUUAAAUGAGAAUUUAAGAAAAAAAUAUAAUUUAUAUUUAGAAAAAAAAGGUAAGGUAGUUAAUAAUACACCUGUUAAUAAUACAAGUCUUAAAAGGUACCUGGAUAAAAAAAAAUUCCUUUCUUUUAAUCUUGAGAAACUUCAUUUAAAAAAAAAGUUAGAAGAAAAAGAAAAAAUAGCUCAAAGGAUAAAUGAAAAUAAUAGUAUAUCAAAAAAAAAAAAAGUAAUCAUAAAUAAAAAUAAAAAUGAUAAUCAUUAUAAUCAUGAACAACACCAUUUAAAAGAUAUCAAAAAACAAAAUGAAUCCUUUAUGAAAAAAAAUAAAUCUAAACAUUUUUACAAAAAGCAAAGAGAAAUCGUAGAUCAAAAUGAAAAAAUUAUUGAAGUUUAUUUAAAAAAUUAUCAACAGAAUGUAAAAUUAUUACAAUCAUAUAUAGAAACAAAAAACAUACUCAAGUUUUUUAUUAACUUUAAUUUUAAGAGGUAUUCUUUAAACUUUAUUAAUGACGAGCAACAUGACACAAACCUUGAUAAAAAUGGUGAUAAAAAUGAUGAUGGUAAUAAAAAUGAUGAUAAAAAUGAUGACAAAGUUAAAGUGGGGUAUUUAAUUUUUAGUCAUCGUUUUGAAACCAUACGAGCAUAUUUACAUUACAAAAAUAACAUGAAUGAAAUUAAUAAAAAUUUUAUUUUAAAAUUACGAGUUCCUUGUGAUCAAAAAAAAAAUAAAAAUUGUAAAAAAAAAAAUGGAAAUGAAGAUGAGGAUGAAAAAGAUAAUAUUGAUAAAAUUAUGAAUGAAAUGGUAAAUGAGUUAGACAAAAUCUUUACAACAUAA